CCACAUGAUUCCUCUGCGGGUCUAGUACAUGGCUCCAGUAGGUAAAAUCGUAAAUACCUCACGUCCCUGUAAAAAUGAGCAAAAAUUGUUUGAAAGUAACAAGUAUUUUUUACGACUGCUUCUUCUUGUCUUUUGUCGUCUGGAAUGAAUCUCAUCCGUCGUUUCAGGGAACAAAAAUGAAUCUUUUUCCUCUCACAGAAAAGAGACAGGGAACAGAAAUCAUCUUUUAUCUGCACUACCGUAUUUACCGGAACAGUACUCGUACGUAAUACCAUUACUGAUGUUAGAGCACCAUCUUGAACAACUCGUAUCGACAUAAAAGAACUAAACAAACCGGUUGCCAAUCUUUCUGAGUAGAAGGUAAAAUUUCCUGCAAAACAAAUCAUUGGAAAAAUGACGCCUAGGUUUGACGAAAGCCAGCGUGGUAAAACCUUGCUGCAUCCAAAACUUCCGCAGCAAAGGAAGAUCGUCCCGAAGAACGAAGGUGUCGACCACGGUGUUUCCGAUGAGACUCCCAAAAAUCACGACAGAAACAAAGGAUCGGGCAAUCCAAUAGACGAUCGCACUGCAUCGACAGCAGCGAGUGUGCUGCCCAAAGUUUCCCACAGCUUUGUCAUUUGCGCAGACACUCAAUACGGUAUGAUCACCGACAACAGGAACUGGGACGAAGAAAUCGAAUAUUCUCGAAAGGCAAUACACUUUAUGAAUGGAAUGCACCCACGGCCGGCAUUUUGUUGCGUCUGUGGGGAUUUGACGGAUAUGGACCGAUCGUUUGAAGUCAGCAAAGGAGCCAGGAGCCGAUUUACAAUGGAAGAAUGCGACGAGGUCCAGCUUCAACAACGGAAGGAUUUCAAGGUGGUCUGGUCAGAGUUGCACGAAGACAUUGCUCUGGUCUGUCUCUGUGGCAACCACGACGUGGGCAAUCGUCCCACAAAACGUUCGAUGGAAUUGUAUCGGAAAGAAUUUGGCGAUGACUAUCUUGCCUUUUGGAGUGCGCCAAAUGUUUACAAUAUAGUCCUCAACACUACUUUGUUCAGCGCUUCGUCGGGAGAAGAAACGAUCGAAGAAAUGGCCCGGGACCAGUUUCAGUGGAUGGAAGAGCGACUGAAAGAGGUGCGAUCGGCAUUCUCAUCGCCACACCACAACCUAUUGAAAGGGGAACAGCCAACAUCGGGACAAACAAUAACAAUGAGUUCGAAGAAUGACGACACAUCCAAUGAACAAAACAAUGAGGCGAUCAUUUUUGUGUUCGGUCAUCACCCAUGGUUUUUGUACGACGAAAACGAGGAACCUGCUACCAUGUCGGGAUUCUGCGAAUGGAACAACAGUCGGAUACCCGACAGUUAUUUCGUGAUUCCCAAGGAGCGAAGGCUUCCUCACCUGGAUCUCUUUCGCAAGUACGGCGUCGCGGCGUCCUUUUCUGGACACUUUCACCAAAACCUUGUUUCGGAAACCUCGUUUGGGAUGAAAAUGAUCGUAACCGGCCCACUCUCUGCGAUGCUAGAAAGCACCGGGAAGAUUGAGAAAAAAGCACAAAGACACGCGGAAGGCUUGGUGCUAGACGAACCAGACACGCUGGGAGUACGACUAGUAGAAGUGUUAGACGACGGUUCCUUUCGACACGAGUUUAUCUCGAUUGUAGAAGGGGAAAAGUGUAAAUGAAUCAGCAAUUACACGAUUUGAUUUGGUUCCCACAAAAAACUCCCUUGCGAUUUUAUUUGUAUGUAAAUGCAAUAGGAGCACAUAGUUUCCAACCACUUUAAUUUUGAAGCACGAAGCAGACAAACUACAAAAGUAGUGACGUAGUGGUACACACAACUUUUUUUGUACAAAACCGCCGUAUUUUAAUUUUUUA